AUGUUAUCCGAACCUCGAAGAAGAGCUCAUUUUGUUCAUCAUGUGUGACAGUGCUCCAUCACCUCCAAUUACUUAUCCCGCCAUUAAAACUCCAAAAUUAGCGUUAAUCACACGGCCAAGUAUUAUCUCUACCACUUUAAUUUUGCAGACCAAAUGUCAUAAAAACCUCAGGAAAUCUUUGAAUUUCCACACUUGUAAUAUAUCAAAGAGCGUCGUUACAAAAGUUAGUUCAGAAUCUUCAGAUGAUUACCAAUCGUUUGAUGAAUUAGGGUUUGAAGAAAACCCCAAAAAAGGUAGUGAUGAGAAGGUUGAUGCUUCGAGUAUUGAUUUCUUGGAAUUGGAGAAGGAGAAAAUGGAGAGUGUAAGGAGUUCAGUAAGUGCAGAGAAUGAAGAAAUUCUUAAGGUUGAAGAUUUGGAUAGUGGUGGUUCGAAAUCUGAAGAGUUGGGGAAAGUGGGUUUAAGAAGUGGAAGACAAUUGAUGAGAAGAUCAAAUAUGAUUGCCAAACAAGUCAUUGGCAUUGAAUCUGCUAUUAGUUUGGGAUUUGUUUCUCAACUUUGGGUUGAUACCACCUCAUGGGUGGUGCUUGUGGUAGAGGCGAGGCCAAGCCUACUUUCCGGGGAAAUUGAAAGGUUUUAUUUGGAGGAGGUCUGCCAGGUUGGGGAUGUCAUUCUCGUCGAGGAUGAGAGCGUAAUGGAGAAUGGACUUCAAAUGAUUGGUUUGGAAACCUUGGUAGGAUAUAAUGUCAUAACUGAAAGUCGGCGGAGUAUUGGGAAGGUCCGGGGGUAUACUUUUAACAUCAAUUCAGGAUCUCUGGAGUUGCUGGAACUUGAUUCGUUUGGGAUAUCUGUUAUUCCGUCAAGUUUGGUUAGUACAUAUGCUCUGUUUGUUGAGGACGUGAUCGAAGUCAUGUCUGACACAGUGGUGGUGCACGAAGAGGCUGCCUCCCGUUUGCAGAGACUGACAAAGGGUUUCUGGGACACUCCAAAUGUGGAAACCUACAACGAUGAGUUUGACGAAUUUUCUGACUAUGAAAGACGACCUGCUCGAUCAGAUAGCAUACGAAGCAACCGUAAAAGCCUCCGUAACAAAAGAUCUCCAUCGAGAAGAAGACCACCGGAAGACGAAUUGGACCUACCAAUGGAUUAUUUAUGAUGUGUUAAGAUGGAGUAUUUGUAUUUAUGUUGUGUAUAUAUAUAUAUUUGUGGAUUUUUUUUCUAAAUGAAUACAGUACUUAUUUUUAAUGCUUUUAGCACUUUUUGACAGUGUACAAACUCUGAAAUGAUUUUCUACUCCAAAAUUGUUGUGAUCAUUUGCAGCUGCUU